AUGCUCUCAGCCGAGAGGAACACGAUAGAAUCGCUUUCCACACUGGGCGAGAAUCGAAGCAGGCGUGGCAGCGCCCAAUCGAACCCUGUCCUCGUUCUUCCCUUCAGGUUCGACCCGAGAGAGAGUAUCCUGAACACCACAGCACUAUCACCACCCCCUGUUUCCGGAGCCCCCAAGCCCCAGCCAAAGAACCUGCACCUGCGACUGAGGAGCGACUCGGGCCUGUCGUUUCAUAUGAACCAGUCUGCAUUCCGUCAGUACACCGACUACAACCCGGACGGCUCAACCCGUUCGGUUGCUGUCUCGAAAAGGCCGCUGAGUUUUGAUGAGGCUGGCCACGCGGACAACAUAUCUCUGGGGAGUGGUAGUACGCAUUUCAGAGACUACUCGCCCCGAGGCAGGUCUAUUCCGAACUUCUUUGACCGGGAUGUCAUCAAGCUGGCGUUCUGCAACCCUACGACGGGCCAAAGGUUGUGCCGGUUUGCGCAGAGCAGGCAUUGUGCUGCCGAUGUCGAGUUCUUGCUAAAGGUCGACGAGUACACGCGUGCCCUCGAAAGCAUGACAAACCUGAUCGGUCACAUAUCAACGAACUUCACGGGCGUGGCAGCGACGUCUCCGCUGAGGCUGCCAGCUGACCUGCUGUACCAAGAUGCCAAGACAUCGGUUGAGGAGCGGCUUGCCAAAAGCCUCUACCCCGAUUUCAUAAAGUACCAGCUUUCACAGUGCAUGAGGAGCUCGCUGUCGGUGAGCCGCUCGCUGACAGGCGGCUUCAAGUCGGCAUACCCUGGUCUUGGUGAUGCUUUCUGCCUCACCGACCCUCUGGAGCCCGAUAAUCCGGUCGUCUAUGCCUCGGACGGGCUCUUGAGGAUGUCGGGGUUUUCGCGGCAUGAUGUGAUGAACAAGAACUGCAGGAUAAUGCAGGGGAUAUAUACCGAUAACGACACGACGCGCAGGAUCAGAGAGGCCGUCUCGCUGGGGCAGGAAGCGGCCGAGCUAAUUGUCAACCACCGAAAGGAUGGCUCCCCCUAUUGGAAUCUGCUCUUCGUCUGCCCCCUGCGAGAAAAUGGCAGCGUGCGGUAUUACCUCGGGGCGCAGAUCAACGUGUCGGAGAGCAUAGGCUCGGAUUACAAGGACAUCCUACGUAUUCUCAACUUUACCUUACCAGGCGAGGAUCUGAGCCCUCAGACAAUCCCUACACAGGAGCGGCCGGUCUGGAAGGCGCCUGUUGAGCAGAAUGAGUCCAGACCGCCUCCUCGGCCCACCACAUCGUCGACAUCAACGUCAGCUUCCGCCGCAGAGGACCCACCAUCCGCCAAGCGACGAGCCUUCACGACACGGAAUUGCCAGCUUGAGCGGGAGACGGACGAGUUCAGCACGCCCUACUCGCGCUUCUUUGUCUUGAGAUACGCACCGGUGUCACCCAGCCAGCAGCACCUCUCCACAGACAAGCGGCGCAAUUUGCCUCGCCUGCCCGUGGCCUUCUGCUCGUCGUUUGCGCUCGAGCUAUUGGGGCUUAAGCCAACCGAUGCCGACACUAUAAUUGGCCGUGACAUCUUCUCGGUGCUGGCGGACUGCAUCAACUCGCCCAGCGUCAACCGGAGCCUCAGGGCAAACGUGACGGACAAGAUCGCAGCGGGCGAGACGAUCAGCGUGGACCUCAUGGCGAGCGCCGACGCGCCAUCAAAGCAGCAGCCGCCGAAGCAUUCCCGGACGGGCAGCGCCAUCCGCACGGGCGGCCCGGCUUCACUGGAGAGCGAGACGAGCCGGCCGAGAUUGAGCGACACGCUAGAUCGGGGGGCUGAGAUUCUAAGCCAUGUGUUCUUUGGGUCAAAGAUGCGGAAGCUGUCGGAGAGCUAA